AUGAGUGAUUACAAUCAUUUGUUUUCAUCAAUCUUUCAACUGCAAUCCUCGAUAAGUCGUAUUGAAUAUGAAUAUUUAACGGAAGAUGAAAAGUCGUUAGAAGACAUUGCUGGUCGAGCACUCUUUAAUUAUCAAACGAACAGUUGUUCCAACGAAUCAUUGCAAUGGUUGUCCACAGAGAAUUGGUACAAACAACCCAUAUGGCGUGCAAAGGUUGUCGAGUUGAUCACAAAAGGACUUAUUGCUCCGUUCAUUGAAGAAGAAGACGACACCGAUUAUAAUGGGGAAGAGUAUUGUGUGAUGUGUGGAGUGUGUCCCAAAGACAAACGAAUUGGAUGGAAUUGGAUCAAAUGUUCGACAACUAAAGGAUCACAUUUGAUAUGUUCAUUGUGUUUGGUCAAUGGAUUCUUCGUGUCUAAUAACUUCGAACAACUGUGUGGGUUAAAGUACAACUGUAAGGCCUGUAACAAAAUCUCUAAUAUCAUCUUCGUUCCACCACAUAGAAACGCUUUCUCAGAUCAAUUCAAAAACGUCCAAAAGAAACGGGUCACAGGAAGAAGAGGAAUUCAAUUCUUAAACGGAAAACCAGUUGAAAAUAGUAAUUUAUAG